AUGGCCUUUCUAAUGAAAAGUAUGUUGAGCAACCAGGUAAAGAAUUUGGGACUUGGAGGUGGAGGGGAAGAAAGCAAAGAAGAAAGCACUCCUUCUGAUCCAGCAGCAGCUGCAGGAAUGACCAGAGAGGAGUAUGAGGAAUAUCAAAAGCAAAUGGUUGAGGAGAAGAUGGAAAGAGAUGCAGCAUUUGCACAGAAAAAAGCAGAGCGAGCCUGUCUGAGGGUUCAUCUGAGAGAAAAGUACAGACUCCCUAAGAGUGAAUUGGACGAGAAUCAAAUACAGAUGGCUGGAGAUGACGUGGAUUUGCCAGAAGACCUUCAGAAGAUGGUGGCAGAAGAUCAGGUGGAGGAAGAGGACAAGGACUCUAUCCUGGGACAGCUGCAGAACAUCCAGAAUAUGGACAUGGAUGCGAUCAAAGAAAAGGCACAAGCCACCUUCACCGAAAUUAAACAGGCUGCUGAGCAGAAAUGUUCUGUGAUGUAG